GUUGCAAUAAUUACACACGAACCAAUGUAAAUUUAUUAAUUUGUUUCACUUUGCUUGGACGGAUUUUACAACAAAACCAUCAAAUUGCUGACACAAUGUGAACUAACACUUUAUGGGUAGCCACCAAAAUGACGGGUUUGAGUGAUACAGAACACUUUGUAGGAAGGUGAAUGCAGAUGAUUUGGCCGCGGCAUCGGCAGGACUCCAUGAUCCAGGCACACGACACAGCAGAGCGAGAGAGAGAGAGACAAAAACCUAAGCCUUGGUUAACUAAACUAAACACUGGGCGUGCAGCACAUGCAUGGUGCAGAUCGGAAUAGAUCACCGGUCCUAAAUCUACUGCACCGGCAACCCGUCGUGUGGUGGUAGUAAGUGCAGUCAACACUUCACUUGCAGUUGGAUAUUUAAUUCUCGUCAACUCCAGCCUGUCCUUACCAAUCACCGUCAUCGCCUGAUGCCUCAUCAUGCUCCACCCAUCGGACGCUGAUCUCCUUUGAUUCAGGCACAGGAAGGAGGGGCUUUGCCUUAUUGUGUUGCCCACAAAGUGAUUGGAAGUGGGAUGAUAAUGCAGUUGGUUGGGAGUCACAGCAAUGUGCGGACGGAUAAACUCGACCCUGGCAGGAGAUACCAGUCGCCGUUCAGCCGCGGAGGUGUGCCGUCCAUCUCGUCCGUCGUCAUCGUAGAUGGAGCCCUCACGGUAUGGCAGCCCAAACAAAUGAUAAUGACUUCCUUAGUCCGCUGUCGCUGAGCGUCGUGUGUAAUCUGUGCACCAGCAAGAUGCAGACUGUGGCCGAUCUGUUACUGUUGACCAGUGACACGCGACCGGUCAACACCGACAAUGUGACCGGGACGGUGGGAGAGUCCUUCUCCAAGUGUCGUGAUACGCUCAUCGCUAAAACCAAAGGACUAGGGAUACUAAGCCGAGAAGUGCGGAUACAGUUCCUGUCAGGGAAGUUCAAAGACACGGCUGAGAUGCUGUAUGAAUUGACCGAUCUUGUUGUAAAUAUUAUAGAAUGCUCUGGGCAUGCUGCCUACCUUGCUGCAAUCAGUGAACCCGGCUCUAAGCAAGCCGUUCCCGGGAUUAUCGAUCGAUAUAAGAUAUCCCGAGCCAGAUUUGACAUUGAGCACUGCUGUAUGAGACUGCAAUACACACCACUUAUGGAGCUAUCGCCGCAAGUUGUAGUUGAUAUCUCAACGGAGAUCGCUAAGAAUCUAACUACACUUACAAAUGCUAGCAAGCUUGCCAGCGAUGCUAGCGACGACCCUUUCCACAAAGAGCAAUUCAAACUGGCUAUCAAGAGCGUCACAUCCUGCACUAGUACCCUCCUACUGAGCAUACGACGCUACAAGGUUACCCUGGAUGAAUCCAACCGAGGACGUUGUGUCACCUUCGCCAAACCACUCGUGCAAUCUUGCCAGGCCCUCGUGGAGUACGCAACCGAACAGGAACACAUCGGCACUCCAGCUAAGCUCUGCGAGAACGGCCACAAGAUCCAAACGGCCAUCUUAGGAGGCUGUAUGAGCAUUGCCAGCUCCUGUAUCCAACUGGUCAGCUGUCUACGAGCGGCGUCAUUGGACCUCCACAAUGCUGAACUCAUGCAGCGGUUAUCGCUAUGUUGUGCUGCAGUCGCGGAUGGAGCGAAGCUCCUUUCCCAGGCGUUACGGGAUAAGAGCUCACCCAGAACGUUACCGUCCAAUUCCACAAACUCGCUCAGUUCCAACGGCUCAACAAACUCAUUUCCCAAUGAAGGUGACACCCAUAGUACGUGCAGCUGAGGCCGGUUUCCUUCUCUGCAUUUGUAAUUUUAGUGACAUGAAAAUUUAAUGAAUUGCUUCCUAAAAGACGAGGUCCUGUGUCUGCACCUGACCUCGUAGGCUUAAAAUAUUAUCCAAUGUACUCUUUAACCGGGGUCAAGAGUUUUUUAAGCAACUUAUUCACACCAACUAAGCAAAUUUAUUUCACUAAGCAGGGUCUGCCUUUAUAGAGCUGCUCAGCAAAAAUGAGGUAUUUAAAUUUUAAUUUAAAUACCUCAUGUUUUGCUGAGCAAUGUUUGCAGCCUGUCACAAUCAGCAAACAUCAAAUGACAUUUUUAACCGACUUGUGUUAAAAGUGAAGUGUUUGAAUGCUUAACAAAUGUGUCUUUGUGCUUAGGGGACUUGUUAACUUGACCCCAUGUGUAGUUUGGCUAAUCACGUGUAUUUAUUACAUUAUAAGUCAUUUGGCCUGCGAGCGGUCCAGUGUGAAUUACGAGCCCCACAAUUGGAAAAUUGGGAAGUGUAUGGUAAACUUUUGAAGGGGCACUAUACAUUGGAGACUCGGAAAACAGAGGCCCAAUGUCCUCUAUGGCCUCUGUAUUAUUCCAUGCCUGCAACAUGGUUCUAUUAUACAUUGUAGGUAACACUAUUAACAUUCUUAUCUUUUGAUAAUAAUUCCUGCCAUAAGAUACAUGCAUUGUAUACUGUGCACUGUAGGCCUACCAUUCUUAUUGGCGGGAAGCACUCUACAAUGAUUGUCUUAAAUCAUGGGUAAACCUUACGCAGACAUAAAACAAAAAAAGCCUACAUAUAUGUACAACUUGUGUUUAAACUUGCUUUGUUCUUUUCAAUAAAUGAGGCAAUAAAAGGGUAGCAACGAGUUCCUAAAUGGCCGUUUAAAACCGGCAGGGUUGUUGCCAUGUGAGGUUUUAAAUGGCUGGUUAAGAAUGAGUCACUUCUCUUUUAUUCCCAUUCAUAGAUGCCUUUCUGGUUAAAGGGCAUAAUGAAGUAGAAACUCUUUAAAACUUUUCCGUUUCGGACUACUUGAGCUCUGUACGUCCGUGUGUUGCAUUGUUAUGACUGAGACGACAGUUUCCGGAUCCGUUAGUGCGCAUAUAGUCUUGGUGCAAGACAUUCUUAUUUUCCUUUCACACACAGUGCUGCACAACUCACCGACAGCGCCCGCAUCGCCUGUAACAAGACUGGUGUGUAGUAUCCGAAAACAACCGGUUAUAAACAGAGCUCCAGCUGGUCGUUAUCAACCGUUUAAACACCCCCAUGUGACGCGCUCUCCCCCAAUAGGACUGGCGAAACUGUCUGAGGUAUUUAUGAAUGUCCAAUUGUGCUUUAAUGUAAUAUGAUUGAUAAACAAUGUGUCACGACAGUACACUCAUCGGAAAAGCAUGAUGUGAAACACACAUUUUCAAGACAACAAUCGAGCUAGCUCGUCUUAAUUAAAAGUUGUAGGGCAUACAUGACCAUAUUUUCAUUAACAUGUAGAAUACACAUUACUACACAUGUAACAUACUAUUAUGUUUUGUACACUGUUCAUUUCCUUCCUCCAUGUUUGUACCCUACUAAAGAUAUAUUCAUGUAGGACUGUGUGCAAUGCCUGUAAAAGCAUUUCACUUUCACAAUAUUGUUAGGCCAAACCCCAAAGUAUUUGGGCUAAAGAAGUAAAUUCUUUUGAA